AUGCGGGACUGCCGGGGCUGCACCGUGCUCUGCGGGCCCGUGUCCACCUCCGCGCUGGUGGAUGGCUGCAGCGAUUGUCUCCUGGUGCUGGCCUGCCAGCAGCUCCGCACCCAUCGCACCCGCGAUAGUCGGUUCUACGUGCAGGUGACCAGCCGGGCCGUAAUCGAGGACUGCACUAAGGUCUCCUUCGCCCCCUACACUUGGAGCUACCCUGGCAUCGAGAGAGAUUUCGAGUCGUCUGGGCUGGACAGAAGCAGAAACAACUGGAACCUGGUGGAUGACUUUGACUGGCUGGCGACUGGCAGGGCCUCCCCCAGCCUGAUCCCCGAGCAGGAAAGAAUCAGCUACUGGGACUGA